UGCGAAUCACAAAUAGGACACGGAUUUCUCCUUUAACCACACAGGCGUCUUACCAUAUUUACACACAGAGUCCAAAAUGACGAAGACAAAUAUUGGAAUUAUUCCAAACUGGGCUGGCCUUGCACAACCAAGUUUUUUGGCAUUAAUGGAUUAUAAUUUUCGUUUCUGGACCUAAUAGGAAUAUGGACUUUUUAUUUUAUUUUACUUUUUAUAGUCUCAACAAAAAAAUGCCAAAAAAAAGUUAGUGAUAUUCAGACAGUGUGGAUGAUCUUCUGCUUCAGAUCCAGUUGGGUUGGUUAUUUUCCAGCUGGAGGUGUGAACGCAGAAACUUCAAUCGAGAAAUCCCAAGUAAAUACAGGAACUACAUUUAAGCAGAUUCCACGGUGACACGGUGUCAGGCCAUCGUCUGGUGACAUCCCUGAAGACCACAGAGAAGAACAAUGAGGAUCAGUUGGCUACGAGGGGCUGUCGUAUUGAUGGUCGUGGCCGGUAUUUCCUAUAUCGUCUCUAUCAAAAGAGAAAUACAUUCCCAGAAGCAGAGUCUACACCCGGUCACGCAGAAGGACAAGUCCCAGAAUCGGGAGAUCAUGGAUAAGCUGCAGAACAUGGAGUCUCACAUGCACAAACUGGAACAUCUAAUCGGCGAUGUUAUGAAAAAUGACCCGACUUCGAAGGAGGAUAAAAAGGGGAAGGAGGGGGUGAAGAUGAAGAAGCUGUAUCCGGACUCGUAUCUCUUCAGAAGAUGGGGCGACGGCCUUUCAGAAGCGGAGCAGCGAGAGGCGGAGGAACUUUUCCAGAAAUAUGGUUACAACACGUUUCUCAGCGAUAGGCUGCCACUCAACAGAGAGCUUCCGGACACCAGAGACAGCAGAUGUGUUGGCAAGAAAUACCCAGAGGACCUCCCUAACCUGAGUGUGGUGCUGAUCUAUCUGGAUGAAGCUCUGUCCGUCAUCAAGAGAGCCAUCCGCAGCAUCAUUGACAAGACCCCAGCCAGACUUCUGAAGGAGAUCAUACUGGUCGACGACUGCAGCUCCAAUGAGGACCUAAAGGACAUGCUGAAUGCCUACAUCGCUUUCAUCCAUGAAAAGCGGCCUGGUCUGGUGAAGAUGGUGAGGCACCCAAAGCAGUUGGGACUGGCUGCAGCUCGAGUGUCGGGGUGGGAGGUGGCUACUGGAGAUGUGGUGGCCAUCCUUGAUACUCACAUUGAAGUCCAUGUAGAAUGGGCAGAACCGCUGCUGGCUCGUAUCAAGGAGGACCGAACUUUGGUAUUGAGCCCUGUUUUCGACAACGUGAAAUAUGAUAACCUGGAGGUCAUCCCUUAUAAUGCAGCAGCUGAUGGUUUUGACUGGGCUCUGUGGUGCAUGUAUGAAACAUUCAGACCCGAGUGGUAUAAACUCAAUGAUCCAUCCCAACCUGGCAAGAGUCCGUCCGUCAUGGGAAUUCUUGUGGUCGACAGGCUUUUCUUUGGAGAGAUUGGAUUACUGGAUAAAGGAAUGAAAGUGUACGGUGGGGAGAAUGUGGAGCUGGGAAUUCGUGUGUGGUCGUGUGGAGGCAGCAUAGAGGUGGUACCCUGUUCCAAGAUCGCCCACAUAGAGAGAGCCCACAAACCUUACCAGCGCGACUUACGCGACACCAUGUUGAGGAACGCUCUGAGAGUAGCCGAGGUCUGGAUGGACGAGUACAAGUCGAACGUUUAUGUGGCCUGGAACAUUCCCAUUAAGGACCAUGGCAUUGAUAUCGGCGACAUCUCAGAAAGGAAGCAGCUGAGGGAGAGACUGAAGUGUAAACCCUUCAAGUGGUACCUGGACAAUGUGUAUCCAGCCCUGGAACCUCACACCGGCCUCAUUGCCUACGGCACUAUAUCUAAUGACCUAAAGAGGGAUUUAUGCCUCGAUCAAGGAACCAUCCCAGGAAAUUUACCCAUUCUCUACGGAUGUCAUGUACAUCCACCACAGCGCUGUUACUUUUACUCGAGUGGACAGAUCCACAUUGGCAACCUGGUGUCACACAGGUCUGAGAGUCAGCGCUGUCUCGUCGACCUCGGCGUGGGACAGUUGCCCGGUUUGUAUGACUGCAAGGAGGCUCAGAGUAAGAACUUCCACAUGCUGUGGGACUUCAAACAGGUGAUUUUACUGGUUUUUUCAAAUGGCAUGGCAACUAGAUUAGAUUAGAUUAGAUUCAACUUUAUUGUCAUUACACAUGUACAAGUACAAGGCAACGAAAUGCAGUUUAGGUCUAACCAGGAGUGCAAUAAGCAGUAAGUGCAGGAU